CCCCUUCCCUCCACAUUAACCACCCGACAUGGAACAACCCCGGCAAACCCCCACGGCGUCUCAGCCACCGGAAACACCGCCUCCAGCGCCGGAGCCAGCUCCGAAACCGGCGGUUCUAUCCCAAAUUCAACAACCUCCUCCCGCCAAUCCGAAUCCCUCAUCCGCGUCCUCUAUUUCUUCUUCUCCAGCCCCCAAUCCAAACCCUAAUCCCCCUCAAUACGCACGCCCGGUGACAUCUCCAGCGACGCAACACCUCCCGCAGCCUCUAAAUCGGCCUCCUCCACCGUCGUACUCGAGACCAUGGCAGCCGCAUUCCCCAUACGCUCAGUUCUCCUCCUCCUCCUCCUCAUCAGCUCCGGCCUCUUCGUCUUCUUCGUCCUCAUUGCCUGUCACCGGGCAGCAGCAGAGAGGCGGUAUGGCGAUCGGCGUUCCAGCUUCUCCGAUCCCGACGCCUUCUCAGCCUCCUCCGCCUUCUGCUUUUCCGGGCUCCUUUGGACAGCAGUACGGCGGAUUGGGCCGUGGAACCGUCGGAAUGUCGGAAGCGGGUUCGAAUCCAAGUGUCCCCCCGCAGGGUAGGAUGAUGCAAGGAACGCAGGGAAUGAUGGGGACGAUUGGGUCAGGCUCUCAAAUGCGGCCAAGUGGAAUAAUGCCUCAGCACCAGCAGAGACCGGGUCAAGCCUCUCUAAGACCAGCUUCCUCUCCCAGUAGUCCAUCUCCUGUUCCUCAAAACUUUCAAGCGCAUGGCCUUAUGAGACCUUCAUCUAUUGGUUCUCCUGGUGUCCAAUCUACUGGUGCAGCACAGCACAGCUUGCAAGCCACUAAUCAACCAUGGUUAUCAUCUUCUGCCCAAGGGAAGCCGCCUUUGGCACCUCCUUCUUAUAGACCGCAAGUAAAUAAUAAUCCCUCCUCCAUGCAACAAAGAUCUCACGUUACUCAGCAGCAUCUUUCCACGUCACCAGCUACUUCACAGCCUCAGCAGCAGCAACAGCAACAACAACAUCAGCUUCAGCCUCAAGAGCAACAUCAACAAUUGAGACCUCCGCAUCAGACUUUACCUUACUCACAUCAACCGGCCCGGGUCCAAGGGUUGGUAAAUCAGAAAGCUGCUUCUCCAGCAAUGCCGACCCCGCCCCCUGUGCCUCAACCAGGAAACCAAGCUAAGCCAGUUUCAGCAGAGAAUGAGGAGUCUGAUGAUCGUAUCCUGGGGAAAAGAAGCAUCCAUGAGAUACUUCAACAGAUCGAUCCGUCAGAGAAAUUGGAUCCAGAGGUUGAAGGCAUCCUUGCUGAUAUUGCUGAAGACUUUGUGGAGUCAAUCACAACUUUUGGAUGUUCUUUAGCCAAGCAUAGAAAGUCUGAUACUCUAGAGGCCAAAGACAUCUUGCUCCAUGUUGAAAGAAACUGGAAUAUCAGGCCUCCUGGUUUUAGCAGUGACGAGAUCAAGACAUUUCGAAAGCCACUGGCAACAGAUAUUCACAAAGAGAGACUUGCCGCUGUAAAGAAGUCUGUGACGGUAACGGAAGCAGCAAACGCCAGGAAUCCGUUUGGGCAUGGAACAGCUAAUGCAAGAGGAGGCCAGGGAAAGACGCCAGCUAAUCCCUUGGCCUCUACAACUUUUAAUCACUGAUUGUAUUAGAUUUAACCCUUCAGUCUUGUUUGGUAGGAAAUUUUCCAUUUAAAAGGUUUAAGAACUUUUGUAAAAAGUUUCCAGCCUAGAUUUUAUAUUUGAACCAUAAGUAAAAAAGUAUCUUAUCGGUUUAUGGGAUUGAACCGAGUCUGAUGUUUUGCAAAGCACAAC